AUGAACUACCCCCACAGCAUGGACCCGAACAACAUCCAAGGCGACCCCGGGCCUUCCUCCAUGGCGCAACAAGCCCAAGCCCAGUACCGUCCUUCUUUCCCGCAACCACCACCGGGCGCGGCGGGACUAGGACAGGGGCAGAUGAAUAUGGCCAUGCUGCAGCAGAUGGCCCAGGCGCAGGGUGUUGAUCCCCAGACGCUGUUGUUGGCUAUGCGGCAGCAUCAGCAACAGCAGCAGCAGCUCCAUCAACAGCAACAACAACAGCAGCAGCAGCAGCAGCAGCAAGCGCAAGGCGGACCGCCGGGGCAAUACCAGCCCGGCCAGCCCCAUUCCAACCCCGCCCAACUCGCUUUUCAACAACAACAAAUCGCCCGGAUACUCCAGCUCCAAGGCCGUUCUGGCCCUGGUAUCCCAGGCCAAGGCGGCGCGGCAGGGGGACCAAACUCACCCGUCCGCCCGGCCCAACCGCCCGCCCACCAACACCAACACCAGCCCCCACGCUCCAUGCCCCCGCCGCCCAUCCCGGGUACACCCCAACACCACCCCUCCUUCCCCCCUCCGGCGGCUGAACACGGCAGCUCCCCCUCGCCGAUGACGAUGGGCGGGCUCACGGCGCAGCAGCAGCAACAGUUUCUAGCCCAGCGGGCGGCGUUCAUGAAUAGCCCCCAGUUUGGCGCUAUGCAGCCGCAGCAGCAGGGGAUGCUUUUGCAGCAGCAGCAGGCGCAUUUUAUGCGCGGGGUCAUGAUGCAGAAUGCUCAGACUGUACAGCAUGCGAGUGCGCAAGCCCAGGCUCAGGCUCAGGCUCAAGGGCAGUCGCCCUCCCAACCGCCUGGAGGAAACGGCAUAAUCAACAUGAGUCCAGGCAUACACCGCCAACCCACCCCAUCCCAACACCCCACCUUGUCUUCUCUCCCCCAACAUAUGGCGCCCCCGCGACCCGGGUCGUCGGCAUCGACCCGCCCGGCCUCGUCGUCGUCGUCCCCGCACCAGGGUUCACCCGGGAUGAUGCACACCCCGCCGCCGCCGCCUCCGCCUCCGGGCAUGUACCACCACCAACACCCGCACCACCACACGCCCCAGCCUGUCCCUGUCCAGGCGCCGUCCCCGACGCAUUCGGUGCAUUCGCACCAUACGCCGCAGAUGGGUGCUUCGCCGAUGAUGAAUAGCGGGGUACCCUUUCCCCAACCCCCGCCUCCGCCUCCUGCUGCUGCUUCUUCUUCUUCUUCUACUCUUUUGUCCUCUCAACCGCAGCAACAGCAAGGGUACUCGAAUCCGUCUUUUCCCAUCCCAAGUCAGAGUCCUUCCGGGCCGGAACAGGGUGUCUCGGCGCAGGGCGUACAACCCGGGGUGGGCCAAGGCGGACAAGGACAAGGACAAGGACAAGGGGGAGGACAAGGGGGAGGGGGGCUACCGCCCCCGCCGCAGGGGUUGUCGGGUGUGGGACUGCAGUAUACGACGCAGCAGCAGCAGCAGAUGGCUUCUGCUCUAGGGUUCAUGAGUAAAGCUGUGCAGGCGCAACAGCAGGCGCCUGGUCCUGAGGGAGCCCGGCCCGGGUCUUCUUCUCAAACUUCUCAACCCCCCCUCUCCCACCCCCACCCCCAACCCCAACCCCACCCCCACCCCCCAACGCUCCCAAACCUAACCAACCUCACCCCGCCCAACCACCCCGAUUUCCCCUUUGACGCCCGUCUCCUCGCCUACCUCCCGCACGCCACGAACCCGAGCUGGAAGGCGCAGAUGCAGCAGCAGAACCCGCAGCUGGCGGCGGCGGUGCAGAGUGCGUGGGCGGUGGUGCAGAGGGGGGGGUUGAGUAGGGAGAUGGGGGGGAGGAUGCAGGCUGCGAUGGGGGCGUUGAAGGUGGCUAUGAUGGGGAUGCAGGGGGGGCAGGGGGGGCAGGGGCAGGGGCAGGGGGUGCAGGCUUCGCCGAACGUGUUGCAGGGGCAGGGGCAGGGGCAGUUGAAGGAAUCGCCAAACGCUGCUACACAACCUACUGUUGCCCUGCCGUCGCCAGCGCUCAAGAAGGCAAGAUUGAGCGGGGUGUCGGACAAGGCUAGCGGCGCACGGGAUAGGGAUAGGGAUAGGGAUCGGACGCCGUCGAUGAGUGGAAGUGGGAGGGGGUCUGUCCCCCCGGCGGGAGAAUCGCCGGCGGGAGGGCCGCAAGGGGGUAUGCCGCCGCCUUCGUUUAUACCGAGUCAUUCGGGAAAGGAGAAGGACAAGGAGAAGGAGACGACGCCGGGUGAGGAUGCGCCGGCAGCACCAGCACCAGCACCGGCAGCGGCACCAGCAGCGGCAAGGAAACAGUCCGGGACGGGCAUACCGAAAGAAUGGGAAUCCCACAUCCCGCGCGACGUGCCCAUCACCCGUAUCAUCCCCAUCCCCAUCCCUCCCUCCGCCCCGCACUUCCAAACCGCCCUCCCGCCUCUGUCCCCCGAACAGAUCGACCACGUCCGAGACUGGAUCGACCGCGAUGUGGCAUACAUUGAGGGAGAGAAGAAGCGACAUCCAAAGACGCUGGCAAAGAUGAAGAGGUGGGCGGAGGAGAAUGACAAGGCGACGGAAUGGUGGAUGUUGAGAAAGGGAGAGGCGAGGGUGAUGCCGCAGAAUAGACUGAGGAUUCUUUGGCCGGCGGAUAAGGAUCGGUUGAGGAGUCAAAAGAGUCAUAGGGGGAGGAAGCAGGUCAAAUUUUCGCAAGCAGACUUUAAAAAGAUGGCAGAGGUGGAAGAUCAUCUGGUUCCUGUACGGUUGGAUUUGGAGGAAGGGCAUCACAAGUUGAAAGAUACAUUCAUGUGGAACUGUGCCGAUACCGUUGUGACGCCAGAACUCUUUGCGCAAAGUCUCUGCGACGACUUUGGCGUCCCCCACCACCUCUUUGCUCAGCGCAUCAUCACCGCCAUCAACGAGCGCGUCCAUGAAUACAAGGACCAGGUGCUUCCUCUCAUACAACGUCAUACCAAAGAAGACUGCCGAGGCAAGCUGGAUCCGGAGGGCGAUGCCGAGUCCAAGGCGCUGAUUGAAGUGUUUCGACGGGCGAGGAACUGGGAAGAGGAGGAGGAAGAGAUCAAGACGGACCCUGAUGAUGAGGACAUCAAGCUCAUCCCGCACGACCCGAACGAUCCCGAAGCGCUGGACGAUUAUCGUCCGUGGACGGUCGAAGAAGCCAUGUCGCUCAUCCCUGAAGAUGCCCCGGAAGAACUGAGGAUCCUGAUCAAGCUCGACAUCUUGAUAGGCGCGCAGAGCCUGACGGAUAGCUUUGAGUGGGACCUCGGGUCAACGGUGACGCCGGAAGAGUUUGCGGGGAUGUAUGUGACCGAGUUGGGAUUGUGCUUGGAGUUUGCUACGGCGAUUGCGCAUGAUGUCCGAGAACAGAUCAUCGUCCAUCAGCGCUCCCUGUUUAUUGUCGGGCACCUUUCCAACCAAGGUGUCGUCCUCGACGACGAGAUCCGCGCUGCCUUCCUCCCGCCCAUCACCAAUACGCUUCGCCGAGAAGACGUCGCCAUGGCAUCUUACACUCCCAUCUUCAACGAGCUCGAAAAUGCCCAACUCGCCAACCUCGAAGCUCUGCGAGAAAAAGAAGCCAAGCGCAAGAAGAGACACGGGCGUGCGAGGAGAGGCGUGGUCAUGCCGGAUAGGGAGCCGAUCAAGACGCACCGAACGUUGCUCAACAAUAUCGGGCCGAACGGCGUUGCGCUCUUGGCCAAUGUGGAAAGUGCGCCCAGAGAGACGGCUACGCUGAGUCGAAGGCGUGGUGCAGCGCUGGCCGCCGAGGCGAAUAUCAACUUGCUGGCUCAAGACUUGCCUAUCCCCGCUCCGCCUUCUCCUGCGCCGCCGCCUCCCGUUUCCAGGGGCAAACGCCAUGGACGGGUGCAGAAAGUGGGACGGGAAGAGUCGGUCAAUGGCGAUACCCCCGUCAGUGCGCAUCUUCAGCUGCCUGUGGCGAGGGGAGGGGAGUCUAUGGAUAUGGUCAAUGGUGCCGUGGCGAGCCCCGCGGGGAGGCGACGGGCAAACCACAGUAGGAUCCCCGACUCGCCCUCGGAGCCGCCUACACCGUUAUCUGCCAAGCCCGAGAGCGCGCCUUUACCUCCGGCUUAUGGAAGCGCCCCUCCGUCGUCAAAGAAGCGCAAGAUCCUGGUAGAGCCACUCAAGGCUGUCAAGGCCGAAGUCGAAUCUGCCGUCCCUUCCCCGACCCUGUCGUCGAGACCGUCGUCUCGUAAACGCCAAGCAAAGAGCAAGAGUGCCAGCAGAAACAGAAAGAGGCGGAUGGCGGUUAUCGAUGAGCCUUCUUCUGGUCCCGAGCCCAGCGCGUCAGACUCGGACGAUAGCGCCAGUGAUAGCGCGAGUGAUUCCGAUUCGAGCUCUUCGACGAGGCCGAGGAAGCAAAAGAAGAAGGCGGUGGUGGCUGUGGCGGAGAAUGAGCCUACCCCUGCACCGAGAUCGAGCGCGGUCCCGCCGAGUGUACCUGUCAGAUCAUCGCCUGUUGUCAGUCUUGAGAGUGAUCUUCCCGACUGGGCAAACAAGGCGCUCGCGGAUACCCGAGGGAGAUACCAGAAAGACGACUUUGUGGUCAUCAAGAAGCCGAGGCAAGAUCCGUCGUUGCCUAUCGAAUGGCGAGUCAAGUGUAACGACUGCCCCGGCAAAAUCUAUACCCUCGGCCCAGGCGAGACACUCAACAAUUUCGAAGUGCAUCUCAAGAACAAGGCGCAUAUGAACAACCGGACCGCCAGGGAAGAGAAGCGGAAUGCGUAG